AUGGUCGCCGCCUCAUCCUCCACCGCGCCGCAGGUGGCCAAGAUGCCUGCUGCACCGACCUCGUCCACCUCCGAGCCGCUCCCAUCAGUCACGCCCACGCGCCCUCGCCUCCGCUGCUGCAUCGUCCGCGAGGUGAGCUCACGCUACCUCUCCACGCCGCUCCCGGCCCCGUCCCCUCGCCUCUCGACCUCCUCAUUCCACUCUGCCACGCCGCUCUCGGCCCCGUCCCCUCGCCUCUCGACCUCCUCGUUCCACUCCGCCACGCCGCUCCCAGCCCCGUCCCCUCACCUCUCGACCUCCUCGUCCCACUCCUCCACGCCGUCCACGCGGGCGGCGCACAACCACUGCAUGCCCGCCGCCUCCACCACCGCUGCCUCUGGCCUUGCCGACGAAAACCGCCCGCCGCCGCCUACGCCAGGCUCGCGCAAGCGCGGCGCAGCGUGGGAUCUGUUCGAGGAAAUGCACUGCCCGCGCCUAAACCCGCUCGCUCCUCUCGCCGUCGCUGGUGUCCCCGGCGCCACCGCCACUCCCAGGCCCGGCCCAAGGCGAAUCCUCGACCCGUUGUCUAGAGCCUCUCCUAACAUCACCACGGCGGCGCGCCAACACCGUAGGGGCUGUGCGCGACCAUCAACACCAGCGCGCACCAGCUUCAGCUUCUAUAGCGCUUCGCCUGAGACCUCGGCUGCAGCCAUUGACUCCUGGGCUGCAGCUCCCUGCCCUCGACCUGUCCCGUUCUCUGAGCUAAGGACAUUACCACCAGGGACAACAGAGGGGCCCGGCCGACCACCAAACCCAUUCUGCUUUCAGGCCCUAGCCUCGGCGCUGCCAGAUCGCUGCCGAGCAAAAAUACCAGCAGCUGUGGUGAAGCCCGCGCCGCCGCCGCCUACACGGAAGGUGGUAGUGGUUAAGAAGGGAGCAGCGGUGAUGGGAGGCAGCAAGUCUGCGGGGAAGCAGGAGGAUGUGCAAAAGCUGCGGAUUCUAGACAAUUGCUACAUGCAGUAUAGAUUUUUGAAUGCCCAGGCAGAGGCUGUGGCGAUAACCAAGAAAGCUGUUGCUGAGGAAUCACUAUAUGGGCUCUGGGAGAGGAUUGCUGAUCUGCAGAAAUCUGUUGCACAAAAAAAGGCUGAAUUGGAGUGUCUAAAGAGGAUGGAGAAGGUGGACUUUGUUGUUGAUGCUCAGGUGCCUUCUUUGGAACAGUGGUGUGAACUUGAGAGAGAACAUAUAAGUUGCCUUGCAUCAGGAACAGUUGCCCUCCGUGAUGCUGCAUCACGUGUACCAAUCCGAGGGAACAUUAAGACCAACAUUGGAGGAGUCAAAUUAGCUUUUAACUCCCUGUGCUGA